AUGGCAACCAUACAGCAACGGCCGUUCUCGAAGAACUAUAGUGGUCUGAUCAACCAGUCGGUUAUUGCUGGAGUCGUCAUAGUGAUAUGCGUCACAUUCUACGAGACAGCGAAGAGAAAGCGGCGAGGAAGGCACCUUGGUGACGAGCUAGGCAGUGUCGAGUCUUGGCACUUUGGCUAUCUAUAUCAAGGGAGAUCGUGGGCAAAGAGGCCUUCUCCACCGAGCCCAAGAGGUUGGCCUCUUUCUUGGGUUCGACAGGUCAUCGCGUUCCCGGAAGAUCGCUUUAACGAACUUCGUGGUGUUGAUGCAACAUUAUAUGUCCGAUUUCUCCUCAGCUGCUUCUGGUUCGCGCUGGUGCACACCUUCACGACACUACCGAUCUUGCUACCUAUCCACAUCACUUUCUCUAUAGGAGCAAUACCGCCGGCGUCCAUGGUCCGCGCAUCUAUAUCGUCUCUGGUGAACACGACGGAGGGUUUAUCGUUACUGUGGAUCCACCUACUUCUCUUGAUUUGGGUCACUCUCACCUGGAUGUCCACGCUCUAUUGGAUCUGUCGCGGUGCAUUCUCUCUGCGUGGAAAAAAUAUACUUACUGCACCGGGUUUGGCGGCCUCAGGUCCACAAGAAGAGAAGCAGUUACAGUACUUUCCCCACCUGCAUCCUCAACAUCUGUUCCAUUCUUCGCCUCCUCUCGACAAUGACCAGUCAAACCGCGGACUCAGGUUACGGACUGUCAUGGUCACAAACAUCCCCCCCCUCUUACGUUCUGAGAAGGACCUAAAAGAAUAUUUCGAGUAUUACAUGUCGCGUCCUGUCGCGAGGCAUGCUAUUGAACUCACAACUACCACUCAGCCUGGAUUCAUUAUCAAGUCUCUCGCAUUCUUGUUCAAUCAGAGCAGGCUUAUUCCCUUUUACCUUAGGGAGAAGCACGUUACCUCAGGGAAUCGUGACUUAACAACGUCUGAAGGGGUCUUUCAGAGCAGUCAGCCGAAGUCCCAAGACGUUCCCACAAUAGAUCGUGUGGUGGUAGUGCGCAGAAUGACCGAGGUGGCUUCGUUACUUGAACGGCGUGAAGAAGUGCUACGACUUCUGGAGACUGCACAUAUCAAGCUAGCAACGAAGGCUCUGUUUGCUGUGAAGGAAGCCAUGUAUCGUUUUAGCAAGCCUCAUACAGGUCCUCUCCACGCGGCUAUCGCGAAGUUGCCUCUAAGAAACUCUACACCGAAGCCUACCACAGCAGCGCUGAAAGCAGAGAGCACGGCUGGAAUUGAUGGAGCGGAAGGCGAAGACAGAAUGGAACUGCUCAUUCACACUCUCGGACGGCAUGUCUCAUGGCCAUCCAUGCCACAGACCACGCCACCUUUACUUCCUGUCUCAGCCGCAGACUCACGAUCACAAUGUGUGUGGGAGGCCUUACUGAGCCUUCCUCGCAGCACACUAGACGUCUACCAGCCUUUGAUACAUUUGUCUACUCUCUUCCGUGGAAAGACUGUUCCUUCCAUUGACUACUACACUGCCAAACUGGACGUCUUGACGUCUCUCAUAACGGAGAAACGGGCCAGCGCAAUUGGGGAUUAUGAAGCUAUGUCUACUGCGUUUGUCACCUUUGCCGACCCAGCUCAUGCAAGGAGGGCAUGUAAGCAUCUCGCUGUCCACCCUGCGAACCCCCUGCAAUGUCUUGUCACGAUGGCACCGUCGUACGAAGAUCUGGAUUGGAUCAGACUGAUGAGACCGACUUUCAAAGUUGAGUUUGUCAAGGACUGGGUAGUGGAUCUAGGUGUCUGGGGCUUCAUCAUUUUUUGGAUAUUCCCUGUAUCGAUUUUCGUCGGUCUUGUUUCUAUCCAGAACAUUAGUGUCUUCUGGCCUGGACUUGCGACAUAUCUUGACAAGCAUGAAUGGGGGGCAGAGCUCCUGCAAUCGUUCAUACCGACCAUAAUGGUGGCGCUCCUGGCUUUGCUUAUUCCACUGCUCCUUCUGUUGAUUGCGAAGAAAGCACACACGAUUGCUACUCUAUCCUCGUUGCAUGAUAGAGUAAUGACAAGAUACUACAAGUUCCUGGUCGUCAAUGUCUUCGUUUUCUUCUGUGUUGGCACAGCAGCGUUACAGUCAUUCCUAGUGUCUCUCAGUGCAAACUCUGGGUUAGAAGUGAACCAAAUUGCAGAUAGUUUUCCGACCGCAGGUCCUUUCUACGUUGGGUGGUUGAUCUUCACCAUGGCAAUGCAUGGAGGGCUCGAACUUGCUCUAUUUGGGCUACCCCUAGUGACGUAUCUGUCCACGCAACGGCAGGUGACUCCACGAAAGCGGGCACAAGGUAUCCGACCCCGUACCUUCAACUAUUAUUACUGGUUGCCAAACCAUGUACUCGUUGUCCAUGUACUGUUGGUCUUCGCCGUGCUGAAUCCCCUUGUCCUUCCGUUCGGCCUUGUCUACUUCGGCGUUGAGGCUAUAAUUGUGAAAAAUCAGCUUCUACAUGUCUACGCAAAAACCUACGAGGGAAACGGCCGAUUGAUCCUGAUUCGUGUCGUGCGCUAUUCUCUUGACGGAUUGUUGCUUGCUCAGACUGUGUUUUUAGCUUACAUGGUCGUUCUCAAGAAGACUGCCAACGUUGCUGUAUCUGCUGUCCUCAUAGUCAUGACGGCUUUUUUCAAGCUGUCCUUGACUCGGAUAUGCCGCGCGAAAUACGAGCGAGCAGACGUCUUGGAAGCUGAAACUACCUGUGGGACGGAACUCGCCACUCCUGAAGUGCUCCCAACCGAGGAAUCAGCCAAUGGGUGCCCGUCGCAGAAUGUGGAAACUCGCCCCAACAGAGCUAACCACGUGGCCACAACAACGGCAGCUCGUUGGACUUGGCGAUUGCCGGUUGGCCUCAACUUCGCCUACGCGACGAUACCCACCCGACCACAACGGGCGGCCAAACGUCGACCUAAUCCUUUUCGAUCAACAUAUUUUAAUCCAUGUGAGGAUCAAUCAAAGCCGUCUUCCCCUACCGCUGAAUCUUCACCACUUUCACGCGUGCUGGACAAAGCGGAGGAAGUCAUCAUACAACCUAAACAGCGGAAAGACUCGGAAGGACUGCAAAAAUUUGCACCUGUUACUCGGCACCCUCCUCAUCCAGCGUGGGACGACGAACCUUCGCUCGACCAUCCAUACGAUAAUCCGUUCUACAUGCGACCUGUCGAAGAUGUUCUGUGGUUACCGCGCGAUCCGUUAAGACCCCUGAAUCUCGACGACACUAUCGACAUGCGUGUCUCUCUGACGAGCCAACCGGCCUCAGGAGCGCUAGGGACGUGGCGGCAGGACGAGCUCAUCGCAUCAGGUAUCUCACUUUCCAUGUCGAUCCGAAGUGGAUUCAGCUGCUUGUUGGACGACGAUGAGUUGUCGUUCUCGUCAUCGACCAUCGAGCGUAUCGGGUUGGACGGAAGUGAGGAGAUUGACCUUCCAUCAUCCAUUGCGAGCCGUAUAAAAUCGCCCAGGAGGGACGACGACGUCGAGACUACUGCGACAUUGAGGCCUCAGUCAUUGCAUUUGGACCGCCGUAUGCCGAGCAACGGCUCUGGCUCUCGUUCACCUAUACUUGGAUUGGACAUCCGGCGUCCGAGUGCCUUCAGGGUGGAACAGCCUUCCACGUUUCGCUCGUUCUCAGUCGGCGAUGAAGCAAUUGUUACCCCCUUUUCUAAUAGCCUGCCGCCGUCUUUGGAAUGCAAUCCCAGAGAUCGCUCGGUUACGAUGGGCUACGAGCUUGGCAUCCAGCGUGGACAGAGAUUGCGUAGGCCAGCCAAUCCGUCACCGUCUGCCCAGCAUGCGUUCGAGUCCGCCAUGCCAGAAUUGGGUGGACGCGGUCAGCACAUCUCAAAUGUCAUCUCAACAAGGGAAGCGGUUGUUGGCGAAGUUAUCAUGGAAGAGGUGGCUGAAGCGCGGUCACGGUUAAGAGGAGAGGUAGCCGAGUCUGAGUGGGCGCAAGAGCCCGGAUCGUGGAUGACAAGAUGGAUGUUCGCCAAAGAACCGUGA